UCCAAUUCCAUCCAAAUUUUGCAAAAAAUACUACCAGACCCCCCACCCUUAUCACACACCACCACAAAAAGCUCUCUCUUUAUAACCUAUACUUUUCAUCAAAAUAUAUUUAUUUUCCUUUCCUUAGAUAGUGACACUUAUUUUGUUAUUUAUGCUUAUAAGUUUUGUGGCUCUUGCUUCUGGAUUUCCGCGUUUUGAUGAUAAAUUGUCAAUUGACACAACUCAUAAGUCACAAAAUUGUAGGGUAAGAUUUCCCAUUAAGCUAGGGUGUGUUUGGGGAGUCUACAAAAAUAAAGUACCAAUGUCUUUCAAACAUUAGUCCUUCACUUCAAGAAGCUGCAUGGUCCAUCCUCUAGUGUUUUAAAUUUUAGCCAACUCCUAGGUAAUUAGAUUUUGUUGUCGGAUAUUAUUUUUAUUUACUUCCUUAAUAUCACCGAAAAUUUUGGGCCUUUAAUUUUGCUUCAUAUUUGAUUUUUUUUUCUUCUAUAUCUUAGACUAUAUAUAUAUAUGAAGAUGUGAAAUUUCCAACAACAUAAAAAUAGGUCAUGGCUUUUGGUGGUUUGUGUCUUACCUUAAGCCUUGUUUUUGGGUUCUUCAUACUUUGUUUGUUUGUACAAAUUUUCUAUUUCUUGUGGUGGAAGAAGAGAAGAACAAAUUUAGAUAUUGAAAUGGAACAAAGAAAUUAUUCAAAAGGGGUGUCUUAUUGGUCUUGUUGGAAGAAAUCAUCAUGUUCUUUGCAUGCUAAUGACACUACUAAUAGUGUGAUUAGAGACAUAGAAAGUACUAAUCAUGAACAAGAUUUGGAAUUAGGUGUUGAUGGAAAAGAUAUCCUUUUGAAAUCCAAUGGUGAAGAAAGUUUGGAAUUGGAAUUGAUGAGGUUGCAUAAUCUUCCUGGUCCACCAAGAUUUUUGUUUACAAUCACUGAAGAAACUAAAGAAGAUUUGGAAUCUGAAGAUGGUAAAUCUAAGUGUGGUAGAAGUCGAAAAGGGUCGAGAACAAAGAGUUUAAGUGAUUUUAUCGAUUCUCCUAUGAAGUGUUCUUUAGACCCUCUUGAAUCUUAUAAGCAUCAUCAAGGGUUUAAUAAUCCUUUGUUUGAAUCCACAGUAGAAUCUGAAUUCAACAGGUUUAGAUCUUCACCACCACCAAAGUUCAAGUUUUUAAGAGAUGCUGAAGAGAAAUUGUAUAGAAGAUUGAUGGAAGAAUCUAGAAGAAAAACAUUAGAAGAGAAUCAUGGUUCUGUUGUUCCAGAAUCUGAGGUUAAAAGUUCCACUAAUGUAACAAAAGUUACUGCAGAAAGCAAAAAAGUUCCUUCAAGUACUUCUCAGGUUCUACCUUUGACAUCUUCUCCUACAACAUUCAAACCAUUUGAAAAUUCAUCUCUUUAAUAUAUUUUUUUUUUUUACAUUAUGUUAAAUUAGUUUUUCUAGAUGACUCAUCAGUUAAAUUUUUUAUGUUUUAGUAUAAAUUAGUUAGUUUCUUUAAUUACUUUAUGGACCUCUAUUAUAUGUGUUCUUAAAUGAUUGUUAUGGUUAAUAUUCUGCAAAUUCAUA